AUGGUCAAUAGGUCUCUGCUUCACAACCAGAUCACCGGCAUUCCUGCUGGCGCAUUUACCGGCAUGACUGCGCUGACUAACCUGUAUAUGCACCGCAAUCAGAUCACUAGCAUUCCAGAAUCUGUAUUCGCAGGCUUGACUGCGCUGGCUGAAUUGAGUUUGGAUUACAACCAGAUCACCAGCGUUCCCGACGACGCAUUCACCGGCCUGACUGCGCUGGUUAGCCUGACUUUGGAUUACAACCAGAUCACCAGCGUUCCCGACGACGCAUUCACCGGCCUGACCGCGCUGACUCACCUGUCUCUGGGAAACAACCAGAUCACCAGCGUUCCUGCUGGCGCAUUCACCGGCCUGACUGCGCUGACUGCUCUGUCUCUGGGAAACAACCAGAUCAUUAGCAUUUCUGCUGACGCAUUCACCGACCUUACUGCGCUGACUGCCCUGCUUCUAGAUAGCAACGCAAUUAUUGGUAUUCCCUCUUCUUCAUUCACCGGUCUUACUGCCCUGACUUACCUGCAUCUAGACGGCAAUCAGAUCACUAGCAUUCCCGAUUCGUCAUUCACCGGCCUGACUGCGCUGAUUACCCUGGCUUUGAAUGACAAUCCUAUCACGACUUUACCGCCUGGUCUGUUCAAGGGGUUGCCAAAUGGCUUGGCGUUGUCGAAUUCAAACCCAUAUCUGGCCCCCAAUAACUUUACGUUUGGGGACAACACUGUCGCUCCGCCCAGCACCUACGGCAGUGCAUCGGAACCAUACAAGUGUGAUACAGUCUGUGCCACCUGCUAUGCCGCUGGGUCCAGUGCGUGUUGCAAGACCCAUUGCCUGACCUGCACUUCAUCCGAUCCCUGCACUCAGUGCUAUGAAGGUUAUUUUAUGAUGAGUGGCUUCUGCCUCGCAUCUGCUGCGACCAACGCAUCUAUUACCUCCGUCGCUUCAGUCGCUUCCGUUGCUUCGGCUACCUCCGCGCUCUCGGCAUCUGCUGCCUCAACCGCAUCGGCAUCUGCUGCCUCAACCGCAUCGGCAUCUGCUGCAUCCGUUGCAUCGUCCAUAGCACAACAAGGCGAUGGUUCUCAAGAGUCAGCUUCAUCUUCAGCAGCCAUCAUCGCUGCUGUUGUAGCGUCUGUUGCAGUGAUUGCGCUAGUUGCGGUAUUUAUCGUGCUGCGACGCCGACGCUCACAACCACAUUCAGCUGCACGACCGAAGGAUUCUGCCGGUCCAAUCUAUCAGGAGGCUAUUGAAAUGAACAUCUCGCCUGUGAACCAUUCGAUUCUAUCUCACAAACCGGAGGACAUUGCAGCUUACGCCGUGGUCGGCCAAAAGCAGCCAGAACCUGUGUACCAAGCUCUCUCGACUGAUGCUGCAGAGGUGGUCUACGAUUAUGCAAGCGCGUAUGUUGCCGGCAGCAAUUCUCGUCGCGUUCGUGAAGGUUUGACGAUUGUAAAGCACCUUGCCAGCGGGAACUUUGGCGACGUGGCACUGGGUCAGGUGCCAUUCAGCGUGUUGCCUCCACGAGCACGAACCUUGCUCGGACCUACAACGCCUGAAACCGUGCAGGUUGCAGUCAAGUCUCUCAAGUCUAACGCGGAUGAUAAAUCUCGUCAAGACUUUGAAAGCGAGGCGAAACUGAUGGCGCCGUUUGUGCAUCCGAAUGUCGUGCGUCUGCAUGCAGCUCUUGUCGAGUCAGAGCCCCAUCUCGUUCUGCUCGAGUUUGUGCAGUACGGCGAUUUGCACACUCUUCUGAAAAAGUCCAAAAAGCAGUCGUUCGAGUGGACCCAGAAUGAGCAGGUCCAUGUCAUUCGCCAGAUUGCUCUCGGUAUGGAGUAUUUGGGCACUCUGCACUUUGUGCACCGUGACCUCGCUGCACGCAACUGCCUGGUUGGGCAAGGAAUGGUUGUGAAGAUUGCCGACUUCGGACUUUCUCGCCAACUGGCCGAUGAGGACGAUUACUAUCGAAUGCAAACUCGUGGCAAACUUCCUGUGAAGUGGAUGGCACCGGAAACAAUGACCUUCCGCAAGUUUUCUUCAAUGUCGGACGUUUGGUCGUUUGGUGUCACAGCCUGGGAAUGCUGUAGCUACGGCGCAACCCCGUACGGCAAGAUGGAUGGGCGUGAGACUCUGGCUCAUGUGGAGGCUGGUGGUCGACUGCCCCCGCCAGAAACCUGCAUGCCAGAGCUCUACAACAUGAUGAUGAGUUGCUGGAACAUAACACCAGAGUUCCGACCGAGCUUUUCUCAGCUCAUCAAGGUGCUGGCAGGGUUUCAGGAUGGGACGACCAUCCGCGAAAUUGGUGCAAUGCUGUGAACACUAUCCGCUUGUCCGCUUGUUCUGAGUGUUCAAAAGAUUCAAGUUUCACUCGCCUUCUUUGGAC